AUGGCGCAUCUACUGCCGUUUCGCGAUAUCAAUGUCCAUGCAUCCACCAGCCAUUAUGCCUUCACCUCCCCUUCGACACCUUCUGCACCAACACUCGUCAUCGAGCGACCCUCCGGAGAUAUCCGAUUGAACGAUGGCUCCCUCAUUGGCGCAAAGCGUGUCUCUAGCAUUGCAGGCAUCCUGGGCAUUAUCAAGUUGAAACUAGACAAAUAUGUUAUUGUUAUCACGAAAGCACAGCCCAUGGGGAGGAUCCGAGGACAUAUGGUCUACAAGGUCGUAGCAACGGAGUUUCUCCCUCUCAGAGAACGGCCUGUCCAUGACCCCGAUGAGGACACCUAUCUGUCCUACCUCAAGGCUCUACUCAUCUCUGGGCCUAUGUAUUUUUCAUAUUCGUUCGACGUCACAUCAAGCUUUCAGCGCCAGUCCGAGUCCGAUCUUUCACAACCGCUCUGGAAGAGAGCCGAUGACCGCUUUUUCUGGAAUAGAUUUGUUCAGACCGACCUAAUAGAUUUUCGGAUGGGAGAUGGACGCUCAGGAGGGUUAAGAGGACAGCAACAACCCGGGAUUGACCCCUACAUCCUGCCUGUCAUGUUCGGCAUGUUCGAAAUCAAGCCUGCCCGGAUCAAGUCGACCAACUUUAAUUUUGCACUUAUUACCAGGCGGUCUCGCCAUCGUGGUGGAACGAGGUACUUUUCUCGUGGCAUCGACGACCAAGGCCACGUCGCCAACUUCAACGAAACAGAGCAAGUGGUCGUGCUGAAUGAUGUUUCCGGGCCCCCGGCCGGCUACGCUGGUGGUGCCGGCAUACAGAAUGGGAAGGUUGGCGACCCAAUUUCUGAGACUCAAGUUCUCUCGUUUGUCCAGACACGAGGUAGCGUGCCCGUCUUCUGGGCCGAGAUCAAUGACUUGCGUUACGUACCAAGGCUACAGAUUCGAGGGGUGGACACUGCUGUUGAAGCGGCUCGGAAGCACUUUGAGGAGCAGAUCAGAAUUUACGGUGAAAACUACCUGGUCAAUCUGGUCAACGCGCGCGGCAGGGAAGAACGUGUGAAAAAGGCCUAUGAACAGAUCAUCAGAAUACUGGUCAACUCUCCGGGUGAAUCCGUCGAAGCCGACCAGCGGACUGACGAGAAGUUUCGCGACAUCAGCGCGGAAUAUCCACAGUCAAUGAUGGAUAAGCUGCACUAUAUCUACUUUGAUUUCCACAACGAGACCAAAGGCCUGAAGUGGCACCGGGCUGAACUUCUGCUUGACGAACUGAUUGAUGGCCUGAGAAAGGGGCAGUACUUCAAAGGUGUGGAAAUGCCAGGCGAUCCCUCUGGGGCCCUUGAGGUUCGCCUGAAACAGAAAGCAGUGGUUCGCACCAAUUGCAUGGACUGUCUUGAUCGGACCAACGUCGUGCAAAGUAUGCUCGCACGGUGGGCACUGACGCAGCAAUUCCAAGACCUCGGCAUUCUACAGCCCGGCGAACGUGUAAGCGACGAUCGCGCAUUUGAGUUCCUAUUCAGAAACAUUUGGGCCGACAAUGCUGACGUUGUUUCUAAAUCAUAUUCGGGCACUGGUGCCUUGAAAACGGAUUUCACUCGAACGGGAACUCGGACGCGGGUAGGGAUGCUGCAAGAUUUGAGCAACUCUUGCACUCGAUAUAUCCGCAACAACUUCUUGGACGGGCCUCGGCAGGACGGCUUCGACCUUUUCCUGGGCGCCUACCUUCCAUCGACCUAUGGAGUCGGAACAUCCAUGAUGUUCACUGACAAACGACCACUCAUCGUUCAGGCCAUCCCAUAUGUUUUUGCGGCCUCUCUAUUUAUUGUUAUCAUUUCAAUGUUCACCCGACGAGCGCAAGACUCUACAGUUUGGCCGUUGCGGCUGCUUGUUAUCUUGUGUCUGAUGGUUGCAGGAUGGUCUUUUCAAUUCUUGUAUACUUAUGGCUUGCUUUAUGUCAAUUGGCCAAAGCUCAACACCCCGAGCUUCGCCAUUGAAGAAAUCAAUCAGGCUUUGGCACGGGCACACAAGGACAAGAUCAUUGGUCCUUUGAUUGCUGCGACGACCACGAGCAAAGAAAGAAGGGCUAGGAACAUCAGUACAGCUAACAUGGGGUAUAUGGAAGAGGGUAAAAAGAGAAUAGAAUGA